UUCCCGAUGUAUUGAGACAAACGGCGGCCUGAGGCUCGACCGCUACGUCCCUGAUAGCGCCACCGAGUCAACGGAGGACUCACGAAGGCUCUCGCAGACUACGGCGGCGGCGGCGCCGCCCCCGGUUGUUGAUUCCGAAUCGGGAUGUGCUUCAAUCUUUACUGGCGUGAACACACGGAAGCGACCUCUCGCGCUGCUUCAUGCUUCUCAGGACCAG